CGCUAUGGGUUCUCCCGUUCGUUGUAGGCGGCUAUCCCGGUCGGGUCUAUCAUCUCUUCAUCUAUCAUCGGCCAGGAUAACUGAAGCUGUGAGAAGGUUCGGUCUAACAAAAGAUGGUGCUCAAAACUGAACUUUGCCGUUUUAGUGGUGCUAAAAUUUACCCUGGGAAAGGUAUCAGAUUUGUUCGUGGUGACUCCCAGGUUUUUCUUUUCUUAAGCUCAAAAUGCAAGAGGUACUUUCACAACCGCCUAAAGCCGGCUAAGCUCACCUGGACAGCGGUUUACAGGAAGCAACACAAGAAGGAUAUCCUUGAUGAAACUGUGAAAAGAAAACGCCGAACUGCAAAGAAGUCUCUCUCCAGAUCAAUUGUUGGCGCUACCUUGGAAGUUAUUCAAAAGAAAAGAACUGAGAAACCUGAAGUUCGGGAUGCGGCUAGAGAAGCAGCUCUACGUGAGAUCAAGGAGAGGAUAAAGAAGACCAAGGAUGAAAAGAAAGCUAAAAAAGCUGAGGUUUUGGCCAAAACUGUGAAGACACAAACAAAGAGCAACAUCCAGAAGGGCCCUAAAGGACCUAAACUUGGCGGUGGUGGUGGGAAGCGCUGAAAUUUUUCUUAUACGCUUUACCUAUCUUCUUUUUUUUUAUUAUUAAGUUUAUGUAACGAGACUCCAUAUUGGCAGUCUUGCUAAGUGUAACAUCGAGUGAUUGUGAGGCGAGAGUAGCAUGAUUUCAUAUUUUAUUUUUGCUUGGGCAUUUUUUUUUAUUGGCAGAGUUGGAGAGUUUGAUGGAUUGAUUUUGAUAAUUGCUUAUUGUUAUUUUGUGAGAA